AUGGGCGAGAUGAUUGACGAGGUGCGGGCCCAACCGUCCUUCAGUUCGAUACGGACGGUGAGCUAUGCGGAGGCGAAGGAAGCCACGCCGAGACCGAGUCCCUCCCGCGAUCCUCCUACCACAGCUCCCAAACGGGCUCCGUCCGAGCCCCUAGCCACCACCGCCCCGUUCCCCACGACACCGCACCCUGGCCCUCCUCCGCCGCCGCCGACCGAAGCAGGAAGGGGCGCGGCCAAGGAGCCAACACUGCCGACCAUCUUGGUGCAGGAUGAGGAGCCCGCGGCAGGAACUUCAGUCGAGCGCAGCAGAUCCCCGUUCGGGCAGAGGAAGGAAAGACUGCCACGCCGCCAGGCCAAAUCGGCCUCCCCCGCGAGAAUGAACCGCAACGACAGCUUCAAGGGCAUCCAGUCCAUCCUCCCUGCCGCCAGCGCCGAUGACCUCAACCUGGGCGACCUCACCUCCGACAAGGUCACCUUCUCCACGCGGGGUAGUCUCAUGUUUGGGGGCAAGAAGAUGCAGGAACUGAUUGCAUCCAAGGGAGACGACAAGGCGGGGACAACAACACCUAUUCCUGGGGAGGCUGCGAGGGAAUAUCCUAAAGAUGAAGUGCAGCAGGAUGCGCCGCAGACGGCUGCGUCGAAAGUGGAUACUGCUCAGAAUGGAGUGCCACCACGUGCUGGACUCAAGUCGGGCAGGAGGCAGCCGAGUAUGAAAAUGCUCCAAGCCGCCAUCCAAGGCGGUCGGGUUCUGUCAGCCGAGGAAAUGACCUUGUCUAUGAAUGUGCGAAGCAUGUAUGCUCAUGGGAACGAGAAUGCUACCGAGUGGAUCAAUGGUAUACAGCCAAUGGACGGACUCGUCUCCGGGAAGACCACACCCGCCACCACUAUGAGAGACACCCCUACUCCCGACGCAAUGAACGCAGACUUGAGUGUGUCCAAGAUCAGAGGACCGGCCAGCAAACGAUCUUCACGAACCUCACAAGUAGCGGACCCUCGUUCCAGCUAUUACUCUAAGGAAGCCACUGAGCUCGCUGGUGGCAUAGAAGACUGGCAAGAUGUUGAAGGGCAGUAUGUCGACCGCUAUGGCUUUAUACACCCAGAUCGCAUCGCAACACGCUCGUCAGGAUCACCCUCGCGAGAACCUGGACGCGGCAUGCAACGAAUAGCGACUUCGCUACGAGUAGAAUCAGAUCAGCCACGAAAGGACCGGAAAAUGGGCCGAGGAGCGUCUAGUACACGCUCUGCCAGGUCUGUGCCGCCCAAAGACAGCAAAGAAUGGACGCUCAAAAAGAAAGGACCAGGCUCAAUACAUAGCACAUACACCCAGACUUCCUCACGAUCUCCGAACCCCUUCCGCUCACGAACCAAACGGGUGCUGGCCGAUGCAUCGGACAUGCUGACUUUACCACCUGGUCUGGCCGACAUUGAUGAAGAUGCCGACGCUGGUAAGACCGCUUCAUCAUUAAAGCAGCGAGAGUGGGCACGAGAGGAGAAAUGGCAAAAGAUGGCCCGCAUGGUUCGCAGAAAGGGUGAGGGCAAGGGCGGUGGGAUGCAUUUUGACUUUGACACCACCGAUUCCAAACUCAUCGAACGAACAUGGAAAGGCAUCCCUGACCGAUGGCGAGCGACCGCAUGGCAUUGCUUCCUUUCUGCGAGUGCCAAGAAAAGGAAGAUUGGUGUCACUGAUGAAGAACUCAUUGGGCAGUUUCACAAACUGCAAGCGAUGAGUUCGGCAGAUGACUUGCAGAUUGAUGUCGACGUACCGCGAACAGUAAACAUGCACAUCAUGUUUCGACGAAGAUACCGCGGCGGCCAGCGCCUACUCUUCCGCGUGCUACACGCUGUCAGUCUCUACUUCCCCGAUACCGGAUACGUGCAGGGCAUGGCCAGUCUCGCAGCAACACUCCUGUGUUACUUCGACGAAGAAAACGCCUUCGUCAUGAUGGUCCGACUAUGGCAGCUCCGAGGAUUAGAAGAACUCUUCCAAAACGGCUUCGAAGGCCUAAUGACCUGCCUCAGCGAAUUCGAAACCCAAUGGCUCCGCGGCGGCGACGUCGCCAACAAACUCAACGAGCUCGGCAUCACGUCCACAGCCUACGGCACCCGCUGGUACCUCACCCUCUUCAACAUGAGCAUCCCCUUCCCCGCACAGCUCCGCGUCUGGGACGUCUUCAUGCUGCUCGGCGACGCCCCGACGAAUAACGCGGGCUCCUUCGCCGGCGCGGAUCUGGACGUCCUCCAUGCGACCAGCGCCGCGCUCAUCGAUGCCACGAGGGAGAUUCUGCUGGACAGCGACUUUGAGAACGCUAUGAAGGUUCUCACAUCGUUCGUGCCCAUCAAGGAUGAGGAUUUGUUGAUGCGGGUUGCGAGGGCGGAGUGGAAGAUCAAGAAGAAGAUGGAUAAAUGA